UGUAAAAUGUGGGGAAAUAUUAUAUGAAGUAAGUGACCCUAUAACAGCCAACCAAAGUGUACUGCAUUCAGUACCUUUCCUCGACAGGUGCUUUUUUAUUCUUUUCGCGUCACGUGACAAAAACCGUCUAAAGGUCACAUGACCUGGGUGUGCUAUUGUGAGACGUACGUACACCUGUUUAUUUUGAAACGGAAAAACGAAUUUGUUGAAGCAGAGUUAGGUAAAGUUAUUGUUUUUUUUUAAUAACAGUGGAUUUAAAUUUCUCUUGGGAUUUAUUGGUUAGUUUUCAGGCGGUUUACAGUGGAUUAACCUGACCAGACGUUGAUCAGACCUGUCGAUCAAAACUAGGAAGUGAGAGAGACUCAUCGGUGUAGUCGCGCGGCCGUCUCUACCAAUGGCUACAUGACUUAUAUUGAUCUUUCUUUACGAGUAAUAUUUGCUGUGUAUUUAUAUAUUAUGUAUUAGAGCGGUGUUAAGAAUUAACUGCUAUUUUUGAUCAAGUCAUUUGAGUUGUACUGUAUUUGACCGCCGGAGGACCUAACUCACAGGUGUUGACACAGUAUCAGGAUGAAUGAUUCAAGGGAGGCCAUCGGCUCUCUUCCUGUGGAUUUUAAUAAAAACUUGAACGAUUCAGUCUCUCGGUUGUCAUACUCAAUGCUGGCGACUAACUUAACCGACAUGUCUAACCUGACGGUCAUCAGAACAGGUAACAGGACUGAAGUCGUGGGGGAUGACCAGAUGUUCCUCAACACCCCCACUGCUCAAGCUUUAUCGGGAAUCUUCGUAUGGUCGGCACUCAUCAUCACCUGUCAUCAGAUCUACUCACACCUAAGGUCUUACACGGUACCCAACGAGCAGCGCUACAUCAUCCGCAUACUCUUCAUCGUCCCCAUCUACGCCUUUGACUCCUGGCUCAGUCUCCUGUUCAUCAGUAAUGACCAGUAUUACGUCUACUUCGACUCUGUUCGGGACUGCUAUGAAGCAUUUGUGAUCUACAACUUCCUCAGUCUGUCCUUUGAGUACCUCGGAGGAGAGAGCGCCAUUAUGACGGAAAUAAGAGGGAAGCCCAUUCAGUCCAGUUGUCUAUAUGGCACGUGCUGCCUGGGAGGAAUGAGUUACUCUAUUGGGUUCCUAAGGUUUUGCAAGCAGGCCACCCUUCAGUUUUGUGUGGUGAAACCCAUGAUGGCUGUCAUCACCAUCCUCCUCCAGGCCUUCGGCAAAUAUCACGAUGGAGAUUUUAAUGUAAACGGAGGUUACCUCUACAUCACCAUCAUCUACAACUUCUCUGUCAGUUUGGCUCUUUACGCCCUUUUCCUCUUCUACUUUGCCACGAGUGACCUCUUGAGACCUUAUGAACCCGUGCUUAAGUUCCUCACCAUCAAAUCCGUCAUCUUCCUCUCAUUCUGGCAAGGUAUGGUACUGGCUAUUCUCGAGCGAUGUGGAGUGAUCCCAGAAGCUCUGGUCAUAGAUGGACACGAGGUGGCUGCUGGCACCGUGGCGGCCGGCUGGCAGAACUUCAUCAUCUGCAUUGAAAUGUUCUUUGGCGCCAUCGCCCUCCGCUACGCUUUUACCUCCAGCGUGUACCAAGAGAAGAAGAGUCAAGCACCAGAAAAUGUAGCACCCAUGCACAGCAUCUCCAGUGGCCUGAAGGAAACCAUGAACCCUGGAGACAUGGUUCAAGAUGCAAUCCACAACUUCUCACCGGCCUACCAACAGUACACCCAGCAGUCCACACAGGAGGUAGUGCAGCCAAACACAAAUGGCAAGGCGGGCGUCGGCACCACCAAAACCUCAAAAAAGAAAUCCGACAAAGUCAUGCUUAUCGACACAGAUGAUGAGUUCUAGUUCUCUGUAUUUAAUCCAAACCACUGAUUGUAACUUUAACAAAGACACUAAUAAUGUUUAUCUUAUGAUUUUUAUAAAAAACCUCAAACGCUUUCCUGAUGGGUUAAUGCUUUUUUACUCUCGGCUCAUCGUCUGUAUGAUCCGGGCCUGUAAUAUAGCUUCCCCUCUCGUUCCAAAGCAAUCUUUUGAUGCACGUCUGAUAAGCACAAAGCAUCAGGAGUCGUUCAGACGGCAUAACGAUUUUGAAAGCUGCUCUUGCGUCUGUCCGUUUGAAGUAUUUGCUCAGCAGCCCUUUGCUGGGUCUCACACCGAAUCGAACUGACUUUCACUGGUUUUGGAACUUACACUUCAAACUGUUGUCGGGAGCUCUUUGAAUCCUUUGUAGAAGUCGUGCCACAAAGUGGAGACCUGACCGACUUCGAACUGAUUGAUUUGGAGAUUCGUUAAUUUUCACACCAGGCCUUUAAAGUGUGUUGGAUCUUAUGUAACCAAUGCGAGACUCGCAUGUAUUUAAAUUGCAAAUCAUUUGUAUUGAGCCAUUGUUCAGUUGGUUAAAGCUUUAACUUAUAGGUUUUUAAUUGUACAGGUUUACCGGGGAAUAUUUAAAUUUUGGGAAUUUACAGAUUAUCACAUCACAUUACGUGAAA